AUGGAAGCAUUAUGUUUUCAUCCAAAUUCAAAUUAUAUAGCAACAUCAUCAUCAGAUAGAAUUUUACAAAUAUGGGAUUUAUUAGAAUGUAAAAAAGGACAACAAAUGAAACCUAUUAGACAAAUGUCUGGACAUAAAUUAAAUGUUUGUAUAUUAAAAUUUUCUAAAGAUGUUACAUGUUUACUUGGACAUUCGGAUGCAAUUUUUUCUAUGGAUAUUUCUUGUGAUUGUUCAAUACUAUGUACGGGUAGUGUUGAUUUUUCAAUACAAAUAUGGAAUUUUGGACAAUUAAUUAAAGAUAAAGAUGAUGGAAAAUUAGAUACUGUUCAACGUGUUACACCGUCAGCUAAAUAUGAAUUUGUUACUUAUCGUACAAAACGAACAUCUACAACAUUAUUACAUUUUACUCGUCGUAAUUUAUUACUAGCAGCUAAUGCGGCAGUCGGUGGUGAUCGAAAAAAAGAUGGUGCAGCUGCACUAUAUGAAAUGGCUGAACCAUUUUCUAAUGGUACUAUUUUAACAGAUCUUUGUCAUAAAACAUGGUCAAUUGGUCAACCUAUUGCAAAAGGUGGUUUCGGUUGUUUAUAUGAAUGUCGUAGUACAUCAUCUAAAACACCAAUAUAUGUUGUUAAAGUUGAACCAGAUUCAAAUAGACCACUUUUUUGUGAAAUACAUUUUUAUUUACAAUUAGGAAAAAAAACAUUACAAGAUACAUUUAUUAAAGUUAAUCAUUUAGAUCAUUUAGGUGUACCACAAUUAAUUAGUCAUGGCAUGCAUAUAAAACAUUAUCUUAAUGAAAACCGUGUACAAUCAAUAGGUAAACAAAUACUUGAUAUAUUUGAAUAUAUACAUUCACAUGGUUAUGUACAUGCUGAUAUUAAAGCUGAAAAUAUUCUUAUGAAUGAUUCUAUACAUAUUUAUUUACUUGAUUAUGGUCUUGGUCGAAAAAUUUCAUUACAAUAUAAAGAAAAAAUUCAACGACGACAUGAAGGUACAUUAGAAUUUACAUCAUUAGAUGUACAUCGUGGUGCUGCACCAUCAUUUCGUGGUGAUUUAGAAAUUCUUUUUUAUAAUAUAUUACAUUGGCUUGAUGGACGUUUACCAUAG